GCGGGGCCCCGCGGUAGCCUCCGGCUGCUCGCUUAAACCUGCCGCAGACCCAGUUGUGGUGCUUCAAGACAAAUUCAGGCAAGAUAUGAAUGAUGAGAUAAGAAUCCAAAACUCAGAGUCAGCCAUCAGCCUCCAAUGCGGGCAACGGAACCUGCAGCCAUGACCACCCACGUCACCCUGGAAGAUGCCCUGUCCAACGUGGACCUGCUGGAAGAGCUGCCCCUCCCUGACCAGCAGCCAUGCAUCGAGCCCCCACCUUCCUCCAUCAUGUACCAGGCUAACUUUGACACAAACUUCGAGGACAGGAAUGCAUUUGUCACAGGCAUUGCAAGGUACAUUGAGCAGGCUACAGUGCACUCCAGCAUGAAUGAAAUGCUGGAGGAAGGGCACGAGUAUGCGGUCAUGCUAUACACCUGGCGCAGCUGCUCCCGGGCCAUCCCCCAGGUGAAAUGCAACGAGCAGCCCAACCGAGUGGAGAUCUAUGAGAAGACGGUAGAAGUGCUGGAGCCCGAGGUCACCAAGCUCAUGAAGUUCAUGUACUUUCAGCGCAAAGCCAUCGAGCGGUUCUGCAGUGAGGUGAAGCGAUUGUGUCAUGCCGAGCGGCGGAAAGACUUUGUCUCUGAGGCCUACCUCCUGACCCUGGGCAAGUUCAUCAACAUGUUUGCAGUCUUGGACGAGCUGAAGAACAUGAAGUGCAGUGUCAAGAACGACCACUCUGCCUACAAGAGGGCAGCACAGUUCCUGAGGAAGAUGGCUGACCCCCAGUCCAUCCAGGAGUCACAGAACCUAUCCAUGUUCCUGGCCAACCACAACAGGAUCACCCAGUGUCUCCACCAGCAGCUGGAAGUGAUCCCAGGCUACGAGGAGCUGCUGGCCGACAUUGUCAACAUCUGCGUGGAUUACUACGAGAACAAGAUGUAUCUGACCCCCAGUGAGAAGCACAUGCUCCUCAAGGUAAUGGGUUUUGGCCUGUACCUGAUGGAUGGGAAUGUCAGUAACAUUUACAAAUUGGAUGCCAAGAAGAGAAUCAACCUCAGCAAAAUUGAUAAGUUCUUUAAGCAGCUGCAGGUGGUGCCCCUUUUCGGCGACAUGCAGAUAGAGCUGGCCAGAUACAUUAAGACCAGUGCUCACUAUGAAGAGAACAAGUCCAAGUGGACGUGCACCCAGAGCAGCAUCAGCCCCCAGUACAAUAUCUGCGAGCAGAUGGUUCAGAUCCGCGAUGACCACAUCCGCUUCAUCUCGGAACUCGCUCGCUACAGCAACAGUGAGGUGGUGACGGGCUCUGGGCUGGACAGCCAGAAGUCAGACGAGGAGUACCGUGAGCUCUUUGACCUGGCCUUGCGGGGCCUGCAGCUCUUGUCCAAGUGGAGCGCCCACGUCAUGGAGGUGUACUCCUGGAAGCUGGUUCAUCCCACAGACAAGUUCUGCAACAAGGACUGCCCGGGCACGGCCGAGGAGUACGAGCGAGCCACGCGCUACAACUACACCAGUGAAGAGAAGUUUGCCUUCGUCGAGGUGAUCGCCAUGAUCAAAGGCCUGCAGGUGCUCAUGGGCAGGAUGGAGAGCGUCUUCAACCAGGCCAUCAGGAACACCAUCUACGCAGCCCUGCAGGACUUUGCUCAAGUGACCCUGCGCGAGCCCCUCAGGCAGGCGGUACGGAAGAAGAAGAAUGUCCUUAUCAGUGUUCUACAGGCAAUUCGGAAAACCAUCUGUGACUGGGAGGGGGGCCGUGAGCCCCCCAAUGACCCAUGCUUGAAAGGGGAGAAGGACCCCAAGGGUGGAUUUGACAUCAAGGUGCCGCGGCGAGCCGUGGGUCCCUCCAGCACACAGCUGUACAUGGUGCGGACCAUGCUUGAAUCGCUCAUUGCGGAUAAAAGCGGUUCCAAGAAGACCCUGCGGAGCAGCCUGGAUGGACCCAUCGUCCUGGCCAUCGAAGACUUCCACAAGCAGUCCUUCUUCUUCACGCACCUGCUCAACAUCAGCGAAGCCCUGCAGCAGUGCUGUGACCUCUCCCAGCUCUGGUUCAGAGAAUUCUUCCUGGAGUUGACCAUGGGCCGGCGAAUCCAGUUCCCCAUCGAGAUGUCCAUGCCCUGGAUUCUAACGGACCAUAUCUUGGAAACCAAAGAACCUUCCAUGAUGGAGUAUGUCCUCUACCCUUUGGAUCUGUACAACGACAGCGCCUACUAUGCUCUGACCAAGUUUAAAAAGCAGUUCCUGUAUGAUGAGAUCGAAGCUGAGGUGAACCUGUGUUUUGAUCAGUUUGUCUACAAGCUGGCGGACCAGAUCUUUGCCUACUACAAAGCCAUGGCCGGCAGUGUCCUGUUGGAUAAACGUUUUAGGGCCGAAUGUAAGAAUUAUGGAGUCAUCAUUCCAUACCCACCAUCCAACCGCUAUGAAACUCUGUUGAAACAGAGACACGUCCAGCUGUUGGGUAGAUCCAUUGACUUGAACAGACUCAUUACCCAGCGCAUCUCUGCUGCCAUGUAUAAAUCCUUGGACCAGGCCAUCAGCCGCUUUGAGAGUGAGGACCUGACCUCAAUCGUGGAGCUGGAGUGGUUGCUGGAGAUCAACCGGCUUACGCACCGGCUGCUGUGUAAACACAUGACCCUGGACAGCUUCGACGCCAUGUUUCGGGAGGCCAACCACAACGUGUCCGCCCCCUACGGCCGAAUCACCCUGCAUGUCUUCUGGGAGCUCAACUUCGACUUCCUCCCCAACUACUGCUAUAACGGCUCCACCAACCGUUUUGUCCGGACUGCCAUUCCUUUCACCCAAGAACCGCAGAGAGAUAAACCCGCCAACGUCCAGCCUUAUUACCUCUAUGGGUCCAAGCCUCUCAACAUUGCCUACAGCCACAUCUACAGCUCCUACAGGAACUUUGUGGGGCCCCCGCAUUUCAAGACCAUCUGCAGACUCCUCGGUUACCAGGGCAUUGCUGUGGUCAUGGAGGAACUGCUGAAGAUCGUCAAAAGCUUGCUCCAAGGGACCAUCCUCCAGUACGUGAAAACACUGAUCGAGGUCAUGCCCAAGAUAUGCCGCCUGCCCCGGCAUGAGUAUGGCUCCCCAGGGAUCCUGGAGUUCUUUCACCACCAACUGAAGGACAUCAUCGAAUACGCAGAGCUCAAGACCGACGUGUUCCAGAGCCUGAGGGAGGUGGGCAAUGCCAUCCUGUUCUGCUUGCUUAUCGAGCAAGCUCUGUCUCAGGAGGAAGUCUGUGAUUUGCUUCAUGCUGCACCCUUCCAAAACAUCUUGCCUAGAGUCUACAUCAAAGAGGGUGAGCGUCUGGAGGUCCGGAUGAAACGCCUGGAAGCCAAGUAUGCCCCACUUCACCUGGUCCCUCUGAUAGAGCGGCUGGGGACCCCUCAGCAAAUCGCCAUCGCUCGGGAGGGUGACCUGCUGACCAAGGAGCGACUAUGCUGUGGGCUGUCCAUGUUCGAGGUCAUCCUGACCCGCAUCCGGAGCUACCUGCAGGACCCUGUCUGGCGGGGCCCACCGCCCACCAACGGAGUCAUGCAUGUGGACGAGUGCGUGGAAUUCCACCGGCUCUGGAGUGCCAUGCAGUUCGUCUACUGCAUCCCCGUGGGAACCAACGAGUUCACAGCUGAGCAGUGUUUCGGAGACGGCUUGAAUUGGGCUGGCUGCUCCAUCAUCGUCCUGCUGGGCCAGCAGCGUCGCUUCGACCUGUUUGACUUCUGUUACCAUCUGCUCAAAGUACAGAGGCAGGACGGGAAAGAUGAAAUCAUUAAGAAUGUGCCCCUGAAGAAGAUGGCAGACAGGAUCAGGAAAUACCAGAUCUUGAACAAUGAGGUUUUUGCCAUCCUGAACAAGUACAUGAAGUCUGUGGAGACAGACAGUUCCACCGUGGAGCAUGUGCGCUGCUUCCAGCCACCCAUCCACCAGUCUCUGGCCACCACCUGCUAGGCGGGAGGUCCUGCAAACCUCUAACUGGAGGAGAAGAAGCAGGAGAGAGAAAGCCACGGCCAGCCUGCAACAGGGUCCGACUGGACAAUGUGUGAGAUGGACCUGGAAGCACACAAGAACCUCCCCAAACACAUCUGCACCUCCCGAGGGCUGGGCCUCUGCAUGCUCUCCCAUGACAUCUCCAUGGUGGUUUUUCCAUAGUGUAAAUGAAAAAAAAAAGAAGAAAAGAAACAGGGCAGUACUUGCUUUCUUCUCUUUUUCCCCUCAGCUGUGUUAAGAGCCCUAGUUUCACCCUUUCUCCAUCUCAUGGUCCCCACAUCCGUGGUUGCUACCCAACACCUCCUCCCCUGAUGGUGACCUCCUGCGCAGUGCCCACACGCAACCUCAGGACUGAAGUCUUAGAGACGGAGAAAAGAGUGUGGCCAUUCCCCAAGAUGUCAGCCUGGCUUGAUGGGCAUGCUUCCACUUCCAAGCAUCUUCACCUCCUCUGGCUCCCUUCCCCCACUUCCCACGGUGUCAUCUUGUCCUGCUCCAGAUGCCAGGGAUUCAACCACCAAGUGUACUCCUGGACCGGGCACUGAGAGCCGUGGUGAAUGGGAGACGAGGUCUCUGGUAUCAGUACCAUGGCAGAUGGUGUUGAGAUGUUGCCUUUGGCCUUCUGUGGACUCUUAAAACCACAUUCUGACUCCCCUCUCAGGGCACUCCUAGGGAGAACUCAGAAAUGCGUUCACAGCUGGAAUGAGUGAGUGGAAUUGGGGUAGGAAGAUGGUCAGGCCUGCUGUGUAGAAGCAGUAUAUAUGAACACAGCCAGGAAUUCCAUAGUCCAAAACAGAAAGCUGUUAGAACACUUCAUCAGGUUGAUGGUGAGAGACUCCUUUAUUCAUUGAACAAAUACUUAGCACCAAAUCACAGAGAGAGUGAACACUGGACUACUGGCCAGACAUGCACUGCCCACAGCAUUAGCCAGCAACCAAAUUAGGGGCCACUUCUUGGCACAGAAUCUCUCAUCAAGAAAAACCCUCACAAGAAAGAAAAUAUUAAAGGGUUAUUUUAACAGAAUCCAGAAACACGUUGGGGUCAAGGAGGUAAGGAGUGUAAAUAAUACUUAUCAAUGAGCUUUUAAUACCAACCGACCCAGGGAUCAAACCCACGUCUCUUGCAUCUCCUGCACUGGCAGGCAGAUUCUUUACCACUAGCACCACCUGGGAAGCCCCUUUAAUACUAAAAUACACCCAAAGAAGAACCCUGUUCUAGUGAAUCGGGACUUUUAUUGUCCAAGAGGCUGAAAGAUUCUGGAGACAUUUGACCUUUGGCUUCUAUUCUUUGAUGUUCCUUAACUUAGAUUCUGAGAUAUGGGUCAUAUCUCACAGGGACAUUGUUGUUAUUCAGUUGCUCAGUUGUGUCCGACUAUUUGCGACCCCAUGGACUGCAGCACACUGGGCUUCCCUGUUCUUCAUCAUCUCCCAGAGUUUGCUCAAACUCAUGUCCAUUGAGUCAGCAAUGCCAUCCAACCAUGCCUACUUCCAUUUCCCAGAAUGAAUCAAAAUUCCUUGCAGAAUCUCUUGCUGAGCAUGGGGAAGCUGUUUAGAAGGACAGAAGCCUUUGGGAAAUGAAUGUCUCCUUACAGAACACGUUAUCAUCAAAGGGAACCUGUGAGUCUGAGCUUGUAAGAACAUAUAAAAUGAGACAAUUUGGUAUUUCUUCCCUUGCCCAGGAAGGCAAAGAGAGAAAACAAACCGAUAAUGAUCACCUUACUCAGGGCAGAUGAAUGGAAAUUGUUCCCAUUAACCAGAUGGCCCAUUUCAUCCCCAGGCAAGAGCAAAGAAGUGUCCAUAGCAAGAGGUUUGUGUCACCCACUCAUGCUUACCAGGGAGGACAGAGGUGGGGCUUGCCAAGUGUGGUGCAAAGGCCACCUCCAUCAGGACUUCUGAGAUUAGCACAUUUGAUGCAGAUUCCUGGGCCUACCUCAAACCCACCAAUCCUGCAUCUCUGGGAGCAGAAUUGAGAAAUCUGCACUUGCCACAAGCUGAAUUGUUCUGUUACACAUCAGAGUCUGAGGACCACUGCUGUAGAGGCCCCCUUCACUGCUAACCUUGGGCUUUGAGCUCCCUCUGAGGCAUGAAAGAAAAUAAUUGUAGGGAAGGAAAGUGAGUCAGGGUACAAGUUGUCAGAUCCUCCUGUUUGGAGCUGCCACUUCCCAUUCUCAUAGGAAUAGUAUUUCUCUCUCUCUCUCUCUCUCUCUUUUUUUUUUUUUUUUUCCUUCUUGAAGAUUAUACAUGUGUCCCAAAGGCAAAAGUGAGGGGUUACACCACAUGGGGGAACUACAUGGUAAAACUCACCUUCAAAACCCGCAUAAAAUUUCUAAGGUCCAGAGUCUUCUGAGUCUUCAGUCCUGUCUGGGUACAGUAGCUGGCUUGCUUUCUCAGCUACUUGACUGUCUAUUAAGUCCUGGAGAUCAUUCUAAAUCCUUGACUAUUGCCUUGUGGAGAUUUGGAUCACCCUUUUGAUGAGAUUGCUAUUUCAACAGCCUGCCCCUCCCAUCCUAUCAUAGCCCUGACUUUGACCUUUUGGGUAGAAUCCCAUUGUCCUCAAGAGAUUUUAUCUCAGUAAAUUGAGGUCUUCACCUUUAGGAGAGAUGUUUCAUUUCCCUGGCUCACCAGCAGCAUUGAUUUACAAAUACAGAACGGGUUUAAUAUUCUUUCCUUACUGGUGUUACUGCCCCUCUUUUGAUUUUUUGUGUAUCUAAGAACCAAGAAAAAUAAAAUCUUAGGUUUUAAAAGGUUUAAAAAAAUUCUGUUUCAGAAACUGUCAAAUGUACCAUAUUUGUAUUAAGAGUUGUCGGGGAUUUUUGUACAAUGAAUUUACAUUUAUUUAUGGUGACUUAUAUUUACGCUUGUGAUCAAAUAAUGAUGUUAAAUUCUUAAAUCAUAUUUGCUAUGCAGCUGAAGAUGAUAUUUUGCUUUGUAUUUUGGGGUACCUGUGUUGAGUUGAUAAACAUUUCCAUCUCCAUUAAAACUGCUUCCAAACUCGUGAAA